CGACGUUAUGACACAGACACGUCGCAGAUCGCUCUUCCGCCCAUGCAUAGACCUGCAUAACGGCGAGGUGAAGCAGAUCGUCGGCGGCACCCUGAACGAGGACGACCCAAGUCAUCUGAAAACCAAUUUCGUCGCGACACUUCCUGCGGCAUACUUUGCAGAGCUGUACAAGACGCAUGGCCUCGAAGGCGGGCAUGUGAUCAAACUUGGCCCGGGGAACGAUCAAGCCGCCAAAGAUGCCCUCGCUGCUUGGCCAGGCCAUCUGCAAGUCGGUGGGGGAAUCACCGAGGACAACGCCCACGAGUGGAUCGAUGCCGGGGCAAGCAAGGUCAUCGUGACAUCCUACUUGUUCCCUGACGCAAAGUUCUCUCUGAAGCGACUGAAGGGUGUGUCGGAGGCGGUAGGGAAAGACCGUCUUGUCGUGGACGUAAGCUGUCGUAGAAGAGGAGACAAGUGGCUUGUGGCCAUGAAUAAGUGGCAAACGAUUACUGACAUGGAGGUUGGUAAAGUUACGCUCGACAUGCUAUCAGAAUAUUGCAGCGAGUUCCUGAUACAUGCUGCGGACGUGGAAGGCUUGUGCCAGGGGAUCGAUGAAGAACUAGUCACUAAACUCGGAGAAUGGGUAACGAUACCUACUACUUAUGCGGGAGGGGCAAAGAGUAUCUCCGAUCUGGCACUUGUGGACCGUUUGUCUAGUGGAAAGGUCGAUCUGACCUACGGGAGCUCUCUCGAUAUAUUCGGCGGUUCGCUGGUCAAGUUUGACGACCUGGUGAGAUACAACAAUGGCUCCCGCGAAGAUUGAAAGCGUAUCCGAUCUACACUCGCAUCGACUCGUACAACAUGUAUCAAUACACCGCAUUUCUACAACUUUAGGAAGUCAGCUGCCAACUGCAUGUAUUUCUCUCUCUCCUCCCAAUGCGGCGUGUGGCUGGAUUGGGCGAAGGUGUACCAUUUGACCUUGGGAAUGGCCUUGAAAAACGGAAGGACGGUGCUAUCCGCGGCCUCAUCGUACGCCCCAUUGAACAAUAAGGUGGGAACUUCUAUCUUGCUCGCCUCUCCUAUGAUGCUCCAAUCCUUCAACGAGCCAGUAAUGUAGAAUUCCGAAGGACCGUUCAUCGUGAGAUAUACGGUAUGGUCCUUGUCCAUCCACUCGAAGCUCUGGUGGAGCUCAGCGGGCCAGGGCUGGAGCCGGCAUAGAUGUUGCUUGUAGAAUUCCAUCAUGGCGUCCUGAUACUCCUUGUGGUCGGUCGUCCCGGCUUUCUCGUGUUUUAUGAGGGCAUCCCGGACUUGCGGGUCCAAUUUGGGUAUCAACUCCUCGUUCGCCGCCUUCACGAACAGCCGCAUAUCCGCAGGACUGUCCGCAAUGAUGAGACGCUGGAGACCUUUGGGCUGCCGAGUGGCGUGGCGGGCAGCGAGCAUCCCACCCCAAGAUUGCCCGAGUAAGGAGUAAUUAUCCUGUAUACCGAGGUGACGGAGGAGGUUGUCGAGCUCGUCCAGGAAGAGCUGCUCCGUCCAGAACGAUCCGGCA